CCAAACUAAAAAAGAAAUGUAAGGCACUGGCCCAAAAAGCAAAGUGUGCUAAAUUAGCAAAGAAAGGCAAGAAAGGUAAAGGAGGAAAAGGUAAAUCAAAGAAAAGCAAGCAAGCCAAACUAAAAAAGCAAUGUAAGGCACUUGCCCAAAAAGCAAAGUGUGCUAAAUUAGCAAAGAAAAGCAAGAAAGGUAAAGGAGGAAAAGGUAAAUCAAAGAAAAGCAAGCAAGCCAAACUAAAAAAGCAUUGUAAGGCACUUGCCCAAAAAGCAAAGUGUACUAAAUUAGCAAAGAAAAGCAAGCAAGCCAAACUAAAAAAGCAAUGUAAAGCACUGGCCCAAAAAGCAAAGUGUGCUAAAUUAGCAAAGAAAAGCAAGAAAGGUAAAGGAGGAAAACGAUGCAAAGGGGAGUGCGAUUCAAUGCCCGAUUCAAUCCAAAGGAAUAAAAAAUGCAAAGGGGAGUGCGAUUCAAUGCCCGAUUCAAUCCAAAGAAAUAAAAAAUGCAAAGGGGAGUGCGAUUCAAUGCCCGAUUCAAUCCAAAAGAAAAAGAAAAGCAAAGGUAAGGGUGGUAAGGGCGCUUCUCAACAAGCCAAACUAAAAAAGAAAUGUAAGGCGCUGGCCCAAAAAGCAAAGUGUGCUAAAUUAGCAAAGAAAAGCAAGAAAGGUAAAGGAGGAAAACGAUGCAAAGGGGAGUGCGAUUCAAUGCCCGAUUCAAUCCAAAGAAAUAAAAAAUGCAAAGGGGAGUGCGAUUCAAUGCCCGAUUCAAUCCAAAAGAAAAAGAAAAGCAAAGGUAAGGGUGGUAAGGACGCUUCUCAAGCCAAACUAAAAAAGAAAUGUAACGCCCUCGCCCAAAAAGCAAAGUGUGCUAAAUUAGCAAAGAAAAGCAAGAAAAAUAAAGGAGGAAAAGGUAAAUCAAAGAAAGACUCUUCUAAACGAUGCAAAGGAGAAUGCGAUUCAAUGCCCGAUACAAUUCAAAGAAAAAAUAAAAGCAAGGGUGGUAAGAGCGCUUCUCAACAAGACAAACUAAAAAAACAAUGUAAAGAAUUGGCCCAAAAAGCAAAGUGUACUAAAUUAGCAAAGAAAAGCAAGCAAGCCAAACUAAAAAAGCAAUGCAAGGCAAUGGCUAAGAAAGAAAAGCAAAAUCAGUUAAAAAAGCAAUGCAAGGCAAUGGCCAAGAAGGAACAAAAAGCAAUGUUACACAAGAAAUGUGCAGCUAUGGCGAAAAAAGAAAAAGAAGCAAAGCUUAAAAAGCAAUGCAGCGCAUUGGCUCAAAAGGAAAAGAAGGCAAAACUUCAAAAGCAGUGCAAGGCAAUGGCCAAGAAGAAACAAAAAGCUCAGCUUCAAAAACAAUGUGCGGCAAUAGAAAAAAAGGCGAAGCUUGAAAAGAAAUGCAGCGCAAUGGCUCAAAAGAAAAAAGAACCAAAGCUUGACAAGAAAUGCGUGCUAUGCGUUCCUCCAUGGGAGAAACCCCCAUGGGAAAGAAGUGCUAAAGUGGCAAAAAAAUCGAAACAAGAUCAGCUAAAGAAAGCGUGCGCGGAGGCAGCGCAGAAGGAGAAAUGUGAAAAGAUGGCUAAGCAGAAGUUAAUAGACAGACUUAAACAACAUUGUAAGAAAUUAGCGGAAAAGGCUUUGGCAACCAAGUGUAAAGAAGAGGCCAAGCGAAAAGCACAAAAAGAAAAAGGAAAAAAAAUUAAAGAGGAAUGUCUUAAAAUGGCCAAUGAUAAACCACCAAGUAAAAGUAAAUAAAUGUUGUCGAUAAAUUAGAAAAUAGAAUAUUACGAGCAAUAAAAAUUGUAUUUGAGCGUCAACUGAGAUUACAAAA